AUGACCCCUGCCCACGUGGUCGCACCUACGGCGAGUCAGGGCGGGGAGGGGGAGGGGAGGGGCCUCGAGGAGUCGGUGCCAAGAGGAGCGAAAAGACCAGACCACCCUCGGCUCCCCCUCCCCUCACCCCGCCGGAUCGCAAGGCUCGCAGCUGCUGUGGCAAUGAGGCCGCUCACCUGCGCGGGCCACAAGCACUCGCAGCCUGUGGUGGAUUUGGCCUUCAGUGGCAUCACGCCUUACGGCUAUUGCCUAAUCAGUGCUUGCAAAGAUGGUAAACCUAUGCUACGCCAGGGAGAUACAGGAGACUGGACUGGAACAUUUUGGGGUCAUAAGGGUGCUGUUUGGGAUGCAACAGUAAAUAAGGAUGCCACCAAAGCGGCUACAGCAGCUGCAGAUUUCACAGCCAAAGUGUGGGAUGCUGUCUCAGGAGAUGAAUCGAUGACCCUGGCUCAUAAAUACAUUGCCAAGACGGAUUUUACACAGGAUAGUAAUUACUUGUUAACCGGGGGACAGGAUAAACUGUUAGGCAUAUAUGACUUGAACAAACCUGAGGCAGAACCUAAGGAAAUCAGUGGUCAUACCUCUGGUAUUAAAAAGGUUCUAUGGUGCAGCGAGGAUAAACAGAUCCUUUCAGCUGAUGAUAAAACUGUUCGCCUUUGGGAUCAUGCUACUAUGACAGAAGUGAAAUCUCUAAAUUUUAAUAUGUCUGUUAGCAGUAUGGAAUAUAUUCCUGAGGGAGAGAUCUUGGUAAUAACUUACGGACGAUCUAUUACUUUUCACAGUGCAGUAAGUUUGGACCCAAUUAAAUCUUUUGAAGCUCCUGCAACCAUCAAUUCUGCAUCUCUUCAUCCUGAGAAAGAAUUUCUUGCUGCAGGGGGUGAAGAUUUUAAACUUUAUAAGUAUGAUUGUAAUAGUGGAGAAGAAUUAGAAUCCUAUGAAGGACACUUUGGUCCCAUUCACUGUGUGAGGUUUAGUCCUGAUGGAGAACUCUAUGCUAGUGGUUCUGAAGAUAGAACAUUGAGACUAUGGCAGACUGUGGUAGGAAAAACAUACAGCCUUUGGAAAUGUGUGCUUCCUGAAGAAGAUAGUGGUGAGCUGGCAAAGCCGAAGAUCAGUUUUCCAGAGACAGUGGAAGAGGAGCUAGAAGAAAUUGCUGCAGAGAAUUCUGAUUCCAUCUAUAGUUCAACUCCUGAAGUUAAGGCCUGAGUAUCAGGCAGAUGUACACAACUU